AACAUUGAGUUAAAGUUUAGAGUUUGGUUUGGACAUAAUACGUACAAGUGUUUUGUUCUUUUGUUUUAAGGUUGUGUUGUCCACAAACUAAGCAUUAGCAAGGAAAGCUAAUAGGAGCCAAAUCCAAAGGGCAAUGAAGUGUUGGAGUUGGUGAAUUAAUUAUAAAUUUAGUGUCUCUCUCUCUCUCUCUCUGCCUCGAUGCCACCGCUCUUACACAAAUCCAUUAUUUAUAUUUUCCAACAUUAAUAUGCCUAAUCUUUUCCUCUGUCUCUUACUUUUCAUCUUUUCAUGGCUACUCACUUCAAUCUGCAACAUCAACUUUUCAACUACUCAUCCGUUGGGCUAGAUGUCAGAAAAAGAACAACGGCUUAUGCCCUUCAACACGCCAAUUCAAAUGUUUUAGAUGAGAGAAACAAUAGUUCUUUGAAUAGUGGCAUGUUAAUUGGAUCUCUGUCUUCAUGUUACACAUCCUUCAAGAAGCUCUCAUCAUUGGCAGCAUCAGCUAAGACAUGUUUUUCUGGUUCUGAUGAUCAAAGCAAAGAAGCAAUUGAGGUUACUGAUGUUACAUCCAGUAGUGAGGGAAUAGAACAUAAUAGGGUGCACUGUGUUGUGUGGUUAUUGCAUGAAUCUUCUAGGAGUUUUUCCCAGUCAAUCAACUCACUUGGAGUAGCAAGGAGUGGUCCUGCUCUUGCAAUGGCUUGGAUUGGGAAGGAUGUGCAUGAAUGGCAUAGACGUAUUGCUUAUGAGGUUGCAGUUUAUGCUUUAAUGAAAGCAGUAAUUGAUUUGGAGAUAUUGCUUUCACAUGAACGACUAAAUGAAUUUUCCCCAGUUAAAGAGAUUUUGAGCCCACAAAUGAAUCAAAUGAGAGAGCACAUUGAAAUUCGACUGAAAAUGAAGCAUCCAUAUUUGGUGCAGUGGUUUAGAGACACUGAAAUGCCUCGGAUAGCAGGAUAUUUUAUUCCACUCCUAAAGAAGUGGUCCAUGGAAUAUGCAGGAAGCGGUAUUGCAGGAAUCAUUGUGGCUAUAACAUGUUGUAGUGCAGUGGUUAAAUUUGGCUCAAGGCAUAUCUGCUGCUCCUUACUUGUAUUGUCUCUUGAAGAUGUUUUAGUCAAGCUUAUGGACUUUUCACCCAAUCUUGCAUCUAUUGACAAAUUACAUCAGUUAGCAACUGAGGCAGGAUUUGAACAGGAUUUCUUGUACCAUUUUGGUGGGAAGGUUUUUCCCAGUGAGAAAACUGAGGACCUAGAGUUUUGGAUUGGUUUGGCCCACAAGAAACUAUUGAAAGCCUUCAAUGAAGAAAGCAUCACUUUAAAGAAGCAAAAUUUUCAGCAAAAGAUACGAGCAGACAGUUUGGCCACAUUGGGACUUUUUACAUACCUUGGAAGAAAGACUAGAAUGUUUUUGUCAGUAAUGGGCAUUAAGGAUCUUGAUGGAGUAGUCAAAGACUUCCUCAGUUAUCUGGAAUUUGGCAUUCUUUUCAUUUAUCCGGAAUUUUCCUCCAUCAGUGUGUACCAGUGUUUCAUGGAGGUGGUAACAGAUGAGAUAGGAUGGCUUGAUUUUUAUAUGUCCUUUGUUCAAAUAAACAGCAAGGAGAAAAGGUCUAAACAAAAUGCUCGCCAGGCAGAGAAAGAGAUAAUUUCUUCUGUAGUUUUUACUGUGUGCUAUGAUGUUUUCUCUGGGUUUGCACACUUCAAUCGCUCAACUCAACAAUCAUUGGACACAACAUCACGGUCAUACUUGCUUAUUUGUCAGGGUUUGCUUAGUUUUUGUCUGCAAUAUCACUGGGCUGCUUAUGACAAGUCGGGGGAAUCACUAAAUACCAUGGACCAUGCUGCAAUUGACUACCAAACAUCAUAUAUGGGAAGUAUAACUGGACCCAAGUUACCUCGGGUGUUUGAAGUUCAGCAGAUGUCACAUGAUUUAACUACAGAAGGAUGUCCAGAGAUUAAUUUUCGAAACAGUUGUACAUUCAAAAAGGCUUCAGUUUCUGCAAUCACAAGUAAGAAAACAUAUGAGAAAGACUCUUGUAUUGACAAGUCAAAUACUCAGCCUCAAAAUUUUAUCAAGAGAUACAUAAUCAAAUUGGCAUCCACAAGUGCAGACAUCUGGAUGGGUACUGUGUUGCUCUUCACAGAUAUUUCUGUUGCUUUAGAGUUACUCUCAAGGCAAAUGCAUGGCUGCAAGCCUUCGGGGAGUCAAAAAAAGAGGCUAAACAGAACCUUGACAGACAUAAUUGUGCUAAUUCCAGUGACAAUCUUGAUGCUGCUUCCUGUAACAGCUGUAGGCCAUGCAGCUAUUCUGACAGCUAUCAAGAAGUAUAUGCCAUUCUUGAUCCCUUCAUCUUAUUCUUCAGAGCGCUUGGAUGUUGUAAAGCAAAUAAAGCAAACUAGAGAGAUGGGUGAUCAGUUACAUUUGGCUCAGUUUGACCUUGAAGAUCAACCAGUAACCAUUUCUUCAAUAUGACCGAGUCUCAGUUACAUUUGAACUUCAUAGUGCCAGUGUUUAAUUAUUAGAAUCAAACUUUUUGGUCAAAAGUAGAAAAUUAUAGCAAAGUCCUUCCAAAUCCAAAGGGGUUCUGUAUAUUUGGAUAACCGUUAUGAAUACAUUUUUGGGUGCUGAAUAUACUUUUGGAGAAAGAUAACUUCUUGUAUCUUUUAUUUUGACAGUACUUCUGGAAGGAGUGUUAAUACAAACAUGUAUUGCUGCAAUGAGGUAAGAGUGU